AUGAAUUACUCUAUUAUACAUAACGAUCUUAUACCUAAGGAAAUACAUGAAAGAUGGAAAUUUUUUUUAAUAAAUCAUCCAAAUUUUAUACAACGUUAUCCUGGUAUAUUAAAUGAGUACGGCAGCUUUCAAGAAGUAUCGUUUUCUCCACAAGAGAGACAUGUCGCAAUUAGAAAGUAUAUUAAUAGAGAUUAUAGCUCAGCUUAUAAAAAUUUUAAAAAAAAUAGAGAUUAUUAUUGGUUAGGACGUUUAUAUCAACUAGGGCACGGGGUUAGUCAAAAUCAAGAAGUAGCAUUUAUAUUUUAUAUGUUAUCUACGUAUAUUCAAUCAAAUCAAAAAGGUAUUACGAGUUAUGUUAAAUGUCUUAUUGAAAAGAUAGGAGACGAUCCAGAAGUAUCUAGAAAACCAGAGGAAAUGAGUGAGUCAGAGAAAGCAUCAUAUCGAAGGGCUCUAAAAUGCUUACAUUUGGCUAUUGCGGGAUUCAAUGAUAGCGAAGAGGAAUGUUUAUAUGGAAGAGUUUAUUUACACGGAAUGCUUAAUGUCGAUAAAUCAUUAGACGAUGCUCAAUAUCAUUUAAUCUCGGCGGCUAAUAAGGGUAAUGAAGAGGCGAUAGGUAUAUUAAUCGAUUAUGGAUGGUUAGAUAAAAAUCCCAAAGGGAAAUAUUUAAAUAGCUUUCCUCCUGUAACGAGUAUUAUUCGUAAGGUGAAAAAUAAAAAAAAAAUAGAGGGUUUAGUUAAAUAA